GACGCGCGCCACUAACGCCUGUCUCUCUCUCUGUGUUCCCGCAGUUCACGUCGUCCGGGGCUGAGCGGGACGCCAGGUGUCGGCGAAACUCAGACUGUUUUAUGUGCUGGAACUCGUGCGGGAUCCUGCGGCACCACUCCUCAGCGUGGUCUUCGAUGUGCGCUGACCACACUGCCUGUUUCCAUGGCUGUCAAGUGGCGUGCAGAUUUUACUUAAAUAAGGGCUCCAGAAGGCGCGGGGAGCGACCUUCUUCCGUACACAGGGACGUCUCCUUCACUGCUUCCGCCCCAUCAACCGCCGCCACGAGUCAGUGGCAGAAACCAAGUCACGUGGGCAUCCCCUGAGUGGCCAGGGAACACCGCCCCCCCCGUCUCACAGCGAGCUAGUCUAUGUCCUCAUGGUGCAAGGGGACGGUGGUUGGCGAGAACUGACGCAGACCUCGUCCACGCGGGCGCGGAUACCUGUAAAUGUUGAGGGCGUGGUGCGAGCCAAGCUUCUGGCGGUCAGUCAGGAGGGUCUCGUGGCCACAUCUGAUGCGCUUCUCCACCUUGAUGGUUCCUCAAAGGGAUACAGUAACUUCCCCUAAAGAUCAUCUUCGCAACUACGAAGACCUACUAGCUCUCGAGAACCGCCAAAACAGCGGCGGCAGCUCGCAGUUACCUUACGGCUAUAAGCUGGAAACAACAGAACAAGCCGAGCCGCCAUCCACAACAGGAACUCCAAGAGCUGCGAGCAGUGAACUUCUUCCCCAUACAGAGAGUACUACAAGUUCCACAACUCGCUCAUCCAUCACCACUCACCUCCAUUACGACUAUGCCACCAGCAACCCUUCCCCACCCACUGCAUCGGUUGAUCCCUCCUGGAAGGUGGAAAUUUCUGAUGUGGAGGUACAGAGUGGUCCACUGGCUGAGGUCAGCGUGUGGUGGUCUCCAAGGGGUUCUGGGGGAGUAGAAUACCUUCUCUCCUGGGCAGAGGAAUCUGGCUUUGUUUCAGGCCAUUUGCUGACUGAUCAACUGACCAGUCAGCUCUCUUUAUGGCAAGGUCAAGGCUACUAUUUGCAGGUGGAGCUUGUGGACUCUCAAGGAAACUCUGUAUUGAAGAGCUCAGCAACACCAGUAGUCUUCAACCCAACCACCACUCAAGAUAGGCAGCCUUCUUCUCCCUCCACUGUGACAGCUAGUAGUGCAACAUCUACAUCAUCUACUACUUCUACCACCACCACCACUGCUUCCAAUUUACCCCACUCAUAUUGUAACACAAGGUGAGAAUGGUAAACAUAAAGACCAUCUGUGGCAUACAUCUCCAAGUUCCUCCCUCUCACAUGAAGAGAUCAGUGGGGAUUUUUGCAAGAUCAUACACAAGAGAAAUCAUAUCCAGGGACUCAUGAAAGAUCCCCACAUUUCCACAGAUGAAUUUAUGGGAAAAAGACUUAAAAAUCAUGGAAAACUUUGAAAUCUUAAAUAACUCAAUAGAAAUCACUACGUUUUCACAAGAUAUUUCUGGGACAGAAACCUUAACCAGAGAUGAGCGAGUGUACCAUGUGGUUGUGUGGUGUAUUGGAGUGGGUGUUGGUGCCCUGCUGCUUCUCACUCUGUGUAGUAUGGUCAUCUGGAUGCUUAACAGAUGUCGCAAAUCAAAGCACAGUGAGGAGCCCAGCGAGGAAGAAACUGCAUGCCAAAAGAGGCUCCUUCAGAACAUUUACUCCUCAGCAAAAUGUCAGAAAUCAGACAACUUCUUGGACCUUUGAGAACUUCUGUUCAGUAAAUCGAAAAUCAAAACUGGAGCCUUCAAGAAGGGAUGCAGUGCCAGUAGGGAUUGAUAAUGACUCAUUAAUGGAGAAUUAUGUCUUUAUGCUGGACGCUCAGUCUGGGGGAACUUUUAUAAAACACUAGUCAAUUCACUUUCUGAACAUGAGUCAGGUUGUUGUAAGAAUUUAAUUUAAAUGCAUAUUAGGAUAAUACUUCAAAACUCUUGAUCUCAAGACAAACCCUCUCAUCAGUCUUUUAGCAUUUCUACAGAUUAUUACACAAAUUAUUAUUCCUUUUCAUUCAUUAACCCACAAUAUAAUCACAACUUCCAGAUUUCGAGAGAGAACAUUCUUAUAAAAACUUCCUGUGUAAAUUUUUUUCAAUUUUCUAAUUUCAUGUAUUUUAAACUGAAAAGUUUAGCAGUUUGUGCAAUAUCCUACCAAGAUUUGUGGUUUGAAGUUACCAAAUUAAUAUAAUGGAAGGAAAAUAUUACACUCAUUUUCAUCUUGCAAUACUUAAUUUCAACUUCAAAAUUAUUCCAAUUUCUUUUAGGAAAAUUUAAUAUCAGUGACUGUUGUUGGGUUUCAUUUUCAAGAAAUUAUGCAUUACCCAUCCUGUGAGAAAUUGAAUAUACUAACAACAACCCCAUACCUUAUAAAACUAAGAGUCAUUUCAACCAAAGACAUUGUAACUUUUUUUUUUAUAUAUAACAUUGAAUGUUGUGUAGUUGUACAUGUUCUUUGUUGUUAUUAAUUUUAUAUUAUUCUAUUGAUUUAGUAUUUUAAGGGAAGCAGAGCACAUUUAGUUUAGCACAAAAUUAACAAGUUUGCACCAUUGUAUACCCUAUCACCUCAUGGUGUAAUCUAGUGGCAUCUUUCAGUGCUAAGGCCAUGAGGAUGUUUCCUCACUUCCCUUAAAAUAUACAAGUAAAUAUGGAAAGGAUUCAUUAUCAUUAUAUACACAUAUAUCCUAUGAGAUUCAAAGCUUGGCCCUGACACAGUAACUGUUCUACAUUUCAUAGUAUUAUACUUUUUACCCAUAAGACAUUCUUCUCAAAUGUAGUUUCACAUUUAAACUGUAUAUUUAUGGUGAUUUCUUGCCAUGUGUAGUUAGUUUCAUAGUACAUUACUUUCCGAAAUAUGUGAAGACCAGAAUACAAUCGGAAGCACUAACAUCUGAUUUCAGUGUAAAAUCUAAGACUGAUUAUCUUUAGCAAGCAAAGUACCAACAUAGUUUUUUACAUACUUACUGUUAAAUUACAUGAAACUAUAUUGUGAUAUGCUUUAUCUAUGAAGAUGACUACAAUUAUAUUUACCCAAAAAUAAAAAUUUGGUGAGGAACACAGUGCAUAAAGAUUGUUGCAACAGGAAAAAUGUAUACAUUAUUAUCAUGUGAAUGUAGAAUGCUAUUUAAGAAUCCUUAACCAAGUCUCUAUACAGACAACCAGUAACUUUAUCCCUUAUGUAUAUAUUUGUUUAUUCUUUUCACUGAUGUUGUCUUAGGCAUUAUAGUGGUAAUUCUUCCCUUGUACAGCAAGAGGCCUGAUAUGUAUAUAAUCUGGUUGCUAUUUUACAGUGAGUUUUUUGUGCUUGCUUGUCUCAGGACCAACUGUAUAUAAUAAAGAAAUCAAUCUCCAAGAUCUGCUGUAGAGUGUAAAUAAAUUUUUUUAUAUAUGCUGAAUAGGAAAAUUAAAAAAUUGUCUUCCAGAAUUAGGACCUGUUGUAGAGUGUAAAUAAAUUUUUAUAUAUACUGAAUAAGAACAUUUGAAAACCUA